UACCUGACGACACCUAGCCAGUCCUGUCUGCAACAGCCAUGAAGAUCGCCACCGUAGGACUCCUCUGGGCAUGUGUGCUCAUCGCCUUGGUGUACCUAGACGGGGUAUCCGGACGGAGGUUCGGCGGCGGUGGUGGGUUCCGAGGCGGUGGUGGGUACCGGGGCUCGAGCAGCCGGAGCAGCCGGACCGUCCGGACUUACCGAUAUCGGUCGAGCUCGAGUGGCUCGAGUGGCUCGAGUGGCUGGAGUGGCCGGAGAUAUAUCCAGCGCCCCAGACUUGUCCCACCCCUGCUACUGUCAUCAUCCCGACGCCGGCGUAGUACAGCCAGCGGCUUCGAGAGAGAACAGUGUCAGCGCUGUACCACGUCCUACAUCUACCAGAACAGAGGCUACUUCAUGAAAGGGACGUUCGACUCUCCCGGGGCACAUGAGGUCAGUAUCUGCCGCGAGGGGACAGCCGCCUGCAACUGGGGCAAAUGCUCCAUCAACUACCUGUGGGCCAACAACACCAUCACAGCCUUCCCGGACGGGAAAGGCGGGGAGGAUCCUGUUGUGGGCUAUAUAUCAGCUCAAGUCGAGUCUGUGCUCAUCUGCGGCACCUUGCAGCUUGCUCCAAAACUGCAGGUCACCAUACUGGCCGUCGCCAUGGCUACGGUUAUGCAAAUGAUUGGAGGGACAUGAGAAAUAAUCCUUAAGAAGAAUUCGGAGAUUUCAUACCUCCAUGAAAUAUGUAGAUUUCCAUGUACAAAGGUCAGCCACCAGGCCCAUAUUUGACCUUGACCUUUGUGUUCCUACGACCUAGCAACGUACCAAAUAUCAUCAC